CUCAUGUGUUUGCUUCGUUAAUUAUGUCUCUUAGCAUCUGCGCUCUAUUUGGUAUCACAUUAACAUUUGCUUCUGUAUCCUGGAAACUAUUACCUUUUAUCCUUAUCCUGGUCGGUGUCGAAAAUACAUUUAUUUUAACAAAUGCGGUAACGUCGAUUCCCACGCAAUUGAAUGUAAAAGAACGUAUCGCCAAAGGUCUUGAAAAAGUUGGAUAUACUAAUACAAAAAUGCUCAUAUGUUGGCUCUUGGUGUUACUGUUAUUUUCAAUGAUUAGUAUUGAUAUUCAAGAAUUUUGCAUUUUCACAUCAAUUGCCAUGAUUAUCGACUAUGUGCUACAAAUAACGUUUUUUGUAGCAGUUUUGUCCAUUGAUCUUGAAUGGUUUGAAUUAGAGAAAAUAUGCACUUAUUACGCUGAUAAUGAUAACACAGAUAGAAACAUUAUUCUGCCUUCAAAAACAGCCAAUUAUGGCCGUAGGAUUGGUUGUUCGUUGGUGGUUCUUAUCUUUCUGGUAUGGGUGACGAAUAUUUAUCACACUAAUAUCGAGUUCACCAAUAUUGAAGUUCCAUCUGCACUGAGCAGUUUAAUUGGUAAUUCUACAGCUCCUCCUGCUAUACAUACAAAUAUCACUUUCUGGGAAACAUCAAUGGAUAAAACUGCUAACGAAUUUUGGAGCAUUGUUAAUCCGGACAAAAAAGAUCAAAUUGUUGAAAUUCUGCCUACUAGACAUUUGACUUUGUCUUAUGAUAUUGAACAAGAUGAUAUAUCUUAUCCAUUCAAUGGCGAUAUAAAUUGGAGAUUAAUUAUAAAAACUUUUGUUUGGUUUCUCAAGUACAUUAUACUUCCUAUUAUUGGAAUAGUAUUUACUACGCCUAUUAUGAUGGGUUUCACAUCACCAGAGAAACUAGUAAUUCGAAUUUUAGAAAAAACAAGUAGUAAUGAAUGUAAAAAUAUACUUGCAUCUCCGCCUUCUGGAAGUUCUAGCUUAUACGCCACCAUUCCUCAAAUUAUAACUUUACGUGGUCGUCAUUUAGCCGAUAUUGAUUUACUUUGUGCAAACCUUAAUGGCGUUAUAAUUACAUGUGCUACCGACAAACAUAUUACAUCAUGGAAUGGAAUGCAAGGUACACCAUUAAGAAAACUUGAAAGAUAUAUGCGUCGAUGUGCAACUUGUAAAUGUGAUAGUACUGGAGGGAUGAAGUCCUGUAUUUCUUGGCCAGUUAGAGCUAUGUGCAUGAGUGAAAAGACUGCUGCAGCUGGUUUUGAAGACGGA